GGCCUGGCUGGGUCGUCUCGUACGAGCUCAUUGACAAAGGCCCGUGGUAGGCCUAUAGCUUACGUGGCAACACAUGACGCCAUCAAAGUGGGUCGGUAGUGUAUUCAUGGGUGUGCUGAGCUAGUCCAGCUAGCAGGUUAUAUAAGGGCAAGAAGAUGAUGGAAGAGAGUGGGAUCGAGACUACGCCUCCUGCCAGUCCUACACCACCUCUGACUGUGGCUGCCGCAGUUGGUGCCCCACCAAUUACCAUAGGUCUGUCCAGCCCUCCGUCUCUGCCUGGCAUCAGUUCCAUCUCCAUUGGUUCCCCCUCAGUCUCCACAAAUCUCCCCCCUAUUCCCUCCAUCCCUGCUUUCAGCAGCCCUUUGGCCACCCCCCCCCCCCAGUCCUCCCAGUUAUCCUCUCCCUUCACAAGCAGCUCUCCGUUUCCUCCUUCCACCCCCUCUUCUUUGCCUCCUCUGCCUCCCCCUAUUGGGCCACCUCCUCCUUCUGCUCCUGGCAUGUCGGCCCCUCCCACAGGCCUGCCUGUAUCAAACUUCUCCAUGAGUGCAGGAUAUGACAUCACACGGGGUCACGCCGGUCGAACACCACAGACACCACUGAUGCCGACAUUUUCUAGUCCUGCUGCCAUGCCAGGUAUAGUGCCAAACCCCAUGGUUCAGCAGCCAUCCAUGACAGGAGGAUUAGAUACUGCGUCUCCCAUCACAUUCCCAGAGGAGCAGGAAGAUCCUAGAGUGCCUGGACACACCAAUGCUGGUGGUGGCAUCUGGGGCUUUUUUAAGGGAGUAGCAGGUAACCCUGUAGUAAAGACAGUCCUGGACAAAACCAAGCAUUCUGUUGAGUCCAUGAUCACCACUCUGGAUCCUGGCAUGGCUCCAUAUAUCAAAUCUGGUGGGGACAUUGAUAUUGUGGUCACUUCAGAUAAGGAAAUAAAUGUGGAGGCAGUCAGAGACGCCUUUCAGGAAGUUUUUGGGAUGGCCAUGGUCACUGGAGAGCCCGGUCAGUCUAACAUUGCCCCCCAGCCUGUGGGCUAUGCAGCGGGUCUCAAGGGGGCUCAGGAACGUAUUGACAGCCUUCGUCGAGCUAAUGUGAUUCAUGAGAAGCAGCCAGUGGUCUCUUUGGAAAACUUCAUUGCUGAGCUCUUUCCUGACAAGUGGUUUGACAUUGGCUGUUUGAUCCUGGAGGACCCUGGUCAUAACAUCCGCAUUGAGGUCUUCACUCAGGCAACCCCUGUGGCUCUAGAGCACAUCCAGCAGGCUCAGUCCCUGACCCCUCCAGACUACAACCUGCGCUGGUCAGGUCUGAUUGUUACAGUGGGUGAGGUCCUGGAGCGCAGCCUGCCCAACAUCAACAGUACAGACUGGCAUCAGACCAUGACGGGCAUGACCCUUCACCAGAUGAUCCAGAGUGCUGCCAAAGCUCUUGCUGGAAUCUACAAACAGCAGCUGCCACCCAGAACUGUGUGAGACCGAAUAGCUCCAGUUUCUGUCACAUACUGGGAGGAGAUGCUGGAGGAAAAAGUAGCUGAUGGAACAGCAAAGCUCCUUGUAUCUCUCCAUCCAUUCUCAUCUGUCCUUCCGCUGCAAAGCCAAAUGCACAUUUCUUUUAAAGUUCUUGAUGUAUUUGCUCACAAAUGUUGGCAAGGUUUUUCUGAGAGGCCAUUAGAUAUCAAAUCAUUACUUGUCCACUCAGGCUUUAAAGAAGACUUAACCAUUAACUAAUGAUCUCAUCAUCCUCAUUUAGAUAUUAUUAAACAUUGUGUAUAUUAGUAUCAGCAACCUUAGCACAUAUUGUGGCAUUAUUUUGUUGUCUUGUUCUGUUAAUGAAUGUUUAUGGUUAUCAUAGAGACUAUUACAUGGAGUAUGUCUCAGCCGUUUUCCAUAUACUCACACAAUCAAAACUUUAUACUUGAACUUUUCUUACUUAAAAUUAUACUUUGCCAAUUUUUACCCAGGUCUGUGUCACCAUGAUGUAAGGAGUGUGUGCCCUAGCCACCUGUUUCUGGAGCUCCCCGCCGUCCACCAGCCAAAAUUGCGAAACAGUGAAUGAAGUAAAAGGCGUCACUGAUGAAGCAAAAUAAAGCAUUUCCAGGUGCUGGUCAUGUGGGGGGAAGCUAAACACUGUUCAUUUUCACACAUUUUCCACACUGCGUUGACACAAACAUGGUUGAAAAAAAUGUCCCUUAAAAGGAGUCCUAAUUCAAAUGCUGUAGACCCAGACAGACUCAAACAUAGAGAGAGAACACCAAAUUGAACCUGAAGGUAUAGAAAAAACCCUGACUCACUGAGAAUUCAUUUAAUGUGGACCUGGCCCGGGGUUGCGCCUUGGAUAUUAGCAACUGAGUAGACCUGUGAAGUCCUCCACUUUAUACUGCAGCACUGUAAAUUCUACUUUGUACUAAAGUUGGCAGUGUAUUAUUGUGGCAGUUAGUAUUCAAGAAACUAGUAUACUGUUUUGAAGUAACAGGAAAUGAUACAAGAUAUGUGCUGGUAUCCUGAUGCUACUGCCACUUUCACAUUACUAUUCCUUAUAUAGCUGGUUAAAAGAAACGCCAUCUGAGAAUUUUAUUUUGUGUGUAUAUUUUUGUUUUCUGAGCUGUUUCCAUCCACCAUUCACCUUCUACUGUUUUUUUCUUACUGUAAAUAAAUAACGACGAAAAGUUCCUGAA